AUGGCUUCCAAAAUGUUUCUUCUCAUGCUUUUGCAAACCCUCAUCCAGUACCCACAGCUGGUGGGUGAUGGGCUGGAUGAGGCCACCCGUCUGCGCAUGGAGCUGCGCGCCAAGCUCCUGAACAGGGAGAUGACUCGGCUGCUGCAGGAGCUGGAGCAGAGCAGCCUGGAGCGCACUCUCAGGGCCUGGGGAGCCCUGCUCUGGGCUGUCUUGCAGCAGGGGCACUUCUGGGCUCUGGCUGGAGUUCUGGGCCUUCUCUUGGCACUGUGGUUUAUGCGCCGGAGAAGGAGCCGCCAGCCAGACAACAACGGCGAGGAGGUGGAGGAUGAAAACCUUGUUAUGAUAGUGCAGGAGGAAGACAACGAAGAUAGAAAUGAAGUCAGAAUUGUUGGUGAAAAUGAGGAAGAAGCCGACAACGAUGGUGCCAUUGCAGAAAAUGGCAAUGAUGGCGGACAUGCAGUAGAAGAAGAGGACGAUGCUGAAAAUGACAUUGGAAGGAUUUUAGAGGGGCACAUACAGUGGCCUAGUCAGGACCUGGAGAAAGGUUGCGAGAUGACAUCUGAUGUAAUGGACCUUUUCAUAUCUGUCUUUCAACACAUCUUGUCCAACAGUUUAUAUCCCAUGCCGCAACGAGCCAUCGGGGUGGGCAGUGCCUUUGAAGGGUGGAGUCCCCGGGAGGAGGAUGUCGUGUACAGCGUCCUUGUCCCCCUCACUCCUCCCCCGGGGCACGCCUUCCAUCUGGAGAUGGACACUUCAGGCCAGUUGCCCGGGAGGAACUUCUGUGUCCGCGUGGAGCCGGUGUGCACCUGCACGAGGGAGCAACAGGACGAGAACGUGCUGUGCUUCCUCCACCACCCAGAGGAAGAGCAAAGGAGGAAUGAGGAGCCCAGCUUCCUAAACACCCUCUGCUCCGGCUCCUACCUUGAUGUGGAGAAAACUGCCCGCUGGUUCUACCAGUUGGUGAGAGCAGUCUGGGUGAUUUUGCCUCAUUCACACACUUGGCAAUUAAUGCUGCUGCCCUCCAGCCGCUCCUGCAAAUUCAAGCUGACCAGAGGCACACAAAGCUUCUCAGUUGAGAUCCUUUUUGGGGUGCAGCAAGGAGACUCAGACAUCUAUGUGAGCAGCCAGCCCACAGAGGCCCUCUUCACCCCAAGCACAAUGUGGCCGGAGACCUACGCCGUGGCCGAGAUGAAGUUCUUCAGGCACAUUGCCCGGCAGAUUCCACAGGACAGCUGGCACCUCAAAUGCCUGCAGCUCUUGGCCCGUGCGGUGGUGGGCAUAGGCUUCUCCACUUAUAUGAUGAAGACCAUUGUGAUGCACCUUCUGAACACCAUACCCGUGACACGGUGGGGCAGCAGGUAUAUCCUGCUUCAGCUGGAGAAUAGCAUAGAGUACCUGCGUUCCUCCUUGUUGGAGAAACGCCUUGACCACUUUAUUGUAGGCAACCAGAGACUUCCUGAGGUGAUCAGCUUGCCCCUGGAAGUCCAAACUGCCAAUCCACCCAACCUCUUCUCUCACCUGGAGCAGAAUUCGGCCGCCAACACCCAGGCAAUAAGCGAGUUCCGUGACCUGCGAUACCGGCUCAAAAUAAUGUUGCUAGAAGGCCACUGA